CCCCCUCAUCAUGUUUCUACUCCUGCCCUUUGACAGCCUGGUGGUUAACCUGCUGGGCAUUUCCCUGACUGUCCUUUUCACUCUGCUGUUGAUUUUCAUUAUCGUGCCAGCCAUCUUCGGGGUUUCCUUUGGCAUCCGUAGGCUUUAUAUGAAAACCCUGUUGCAGAUAUUCCAGUGGGCAACUCUGAGGAUUGAGCGAGGUGCCAAAGAGAAGAACCAUCCCCUUUACAAGCCCUAUGCCAAUGGUUUCAUUGCAAAGGAGCCCACUUCCCUGGAGGAGGAGAUCAAGGAGAUCCGACGGAGCGGCAGCAACAAGGCCCUGGAUGCCCCUGAGUUUGAGCUUUCCGACAUCUUCUACUUCUGCCGCAAGGGCAUGGAGACCAUCAUGGACGACGAGGUGACGAAGCGCUUCUCAGCAGAAGAGCUGGCGUCCUGGAAUCUGCUGAGCAGGACCAACUACAACUUCCAUUACAUCAGCCUGCGGCUCACAGUACUUUGGGGACUGGGCGUCUUCAUUCGCUACUGCUUUUUGCUUCCACUCAGGGUAGCCCUGGCUUUCACGGGCAUUAGCCUCUUGAUAACCGGCACUACAGUGGUGGGCUACUUGCCCAAUGGAAGGUGCAAAGAGUUCCUCAGCAGGCAUGUCCACCUGAUGUGCUAUCGGAUCUGUGUGCGAGCCCUCACAGCUAUCAUCACCUACCACCACCGGGAAAACCGACCUCGCAAUGGAGGGAUCUGUGUGGCUAACCACACAUCUCCUAUCGAUGUCAUUAUUCUGGCCAGUGAUGGCUACUAUGCCAUGGUGGGCCAAGUUCAUGGAGGACUCAUGGGCAUGAUCCAGAGGGCCAUGGUGAAGGCAUGUCCCCACGUGUGGUUUGAACGCUCUGAGGUUAAGGAUCGUCAUUUAGUAGCCAGAAGACUCUCAGAGCAUGCUCACGAUAAAAGUAAAUUACCCGUCCUCAUUUUCCCAGAAGGCACUUGCAUCAACAACACAUCUGUAAUGAUGUUCAAGAAAGGGAGCUUUGAGAUUGGUGCCACCGUUUAUCCUGUUGCCAUCAAGUAUGACCCCCAGUUUGGAGACGCCUUUUUUAAUAGCAGCAAGAACGGCAUGGUGACCUAUUUGCUCAGGAUGAUGAGCAGCUGGGCGAUCGUCUGCAGCGUCUGGUACUUGCCCCCGAUGACCCAGCAGGCUGAUGAAGAUGCUGUGCAGUUUGCCAACCGGGUGAAGUCUGCCAUUGCUCGGCAGGGGGGCCUUGUGGAUCUCUUGUGGGAUGGCGGUCUGAAGAGGGAGAAGGUGAAGGACACGUUCAAGGAGGAGCAGCAGAAGCUCUACAGUAAGAUGGUUGUGGGCAACCACAAGGACCGAAGCCGCUCCUGAGCAUCCUGGCCAGAGGCGGCUGCGUGACCCAC